AUGUAUGAAUUGGAAAUGGCUAAGGACGAACAUAGUAAUGAACCGUCAGGUUUUAUGACAGUGAUGCCUGGUUGUACUGCUCCUAAUUGUACAAACAGUUCCCAGAAGGGAUUCAAAUUAUAUCAUUUUCCGAGUGACAGAGAAAGGAGUUCCGUUUGGGUUCACAAUUUAGGGAGGGAGCGCGGUUGGACACCUACUAAACACACGUGUGUCUGCGAAGUACACUUUGAAGAAUCACAGUUUGAAUCUCAUCGAGCAGAUGGGUUGAGAAAGUUGAAGCCCAAUGCGGUUCCCACCAUUUUCAACAAAGUCGCACCUCUUCGAACAUACACUAAAAGACCAAAAAAGAAAACCAAGAACAAUAAAUUUAGUUCUGUGGCCAAAGAGAAUGAAAUAUGUCCAGCAAUUUCAGAUACAGAGUUUAAUAUAACCAGUCAACAGAAGGAAACAGAUGAAGGGGAAAGUGCAAAAAGGAACAGUGAUGAAUGUAUACAGGGAGAAGAUGAAGGUUUUAAGGUACUUUUGAAUGUGUCUGUACCGUCACAAUGUGUCACUGACACAAAGUCAUCUGAAAGAGGCAGGAAACAAGGGCCGCCUGUAAGUAGACACAAAAGAAGGAAAGGUGUUUGUGAAUGGAAUCCUGAAAAAUCCAGAACCAUUUCGGGAAGAAAACGUGGCAGGCCUCUAGGCUCUGGCAGCAGCUCACGGGCGUCGCUGCCGUCACCUGUUAGGAAGUCGGUCAAAGUUUCUCUUAGAGACAAAGACCAUUUGCCAGAUAAAGGAACAGUGGAUGAGGACUGCCCCGCUUCCGAAGAUAAAACUGCGGAAGAGAGAGGUGGAGAACAGAUCGAAUGUUUUGUGUGUCGCAAGAAUGUGGACAACGGCGUAUCGAUGCACACGUUAACCAAUACGACCAAGGUUUAUAUGCAUCACAAGUUGGAUAAAAUAGUGAGAGGAGAAAUUGAGCUCCUGAUCGAAGAAGAAAGCGUUCUCUGCACUCGGUGUGCUAGUCUCCUGAACUACAUGGACCGCAUAGAAGUGGAAUUAAACAUGCUCACCAAAGUUAUUCUUGACUGCAUUUAUAAGAAAUAUGGAAUGGGAGGAGUGGCUGUUGACAAGGGACACGAAAACUUGCUUCCAGAUGUCGAGCAGCGUGAGCAAGACUGCGCCGAUAAUGCGAUGAACCUGGAUUUGCAGCAAAGUUUAAGGGAUGAAAGUAGUAGUCAGAUGAGGGAGAAUGAAGAUGGUAUCAGGAAUGGUUUUCCAAAUGACAGUGCUAUUAAUGAAAAAUGUGAAUCGUCACCUUUGGAGGAAAUGCGGUGCCGUGUAUGUGGGUUCAGAACCUCUUACAAGUCACUGAUGAUUUUUCAUCUCCGGCAGCACUUGAAACCUACGUAUCGGUGUGACUUCUGUGACGUCGAUCUGCCGGAAGGAGCGAUUAGUUGGGUGGACGAUCAGAGUGACAUCACAAAUAUUGAUCUUGUUGAUGAGAAUGGCAUUGUAGAAAUGCAUGAUGGAGUAGUACGACAAGAAAAUGAAACUAAUGAAAGUGGAAUCAAAGAAGUAAAUGAUUCUGAUAUCAUUACGUUACCUAAAAGCAUGGACCAAAUUAUGAGUAUAAUGCCUGUCAGUAUAGAUAAAAUAAUAUCACUGGAAGCUCUUGAAGGACCAGAAAGCACAGAAGAUGCAGGUAGCCUUCCAGAUAAGAACAUUGUAAAUAGCUUAUCUUUGCAUCACGUACAGUCCGUCAGUAACGUCAAACAUGUUAGCGUGUUAGAUGGAACUGGUAUGAUUGUGAUGCAGGAUGUAGGAAAUGAUAAGGAAAGUAAAGACAGUGAGAUGUUUGUGUCUGAAAACCCCAAAGAUACUUAGUUUUCCUCCCAAAUUAGUUACUGACGGACAGCAGGCCUGACUGUACAGCCACAUGCAUUAGGUGAUGAAAAUAAAUUGAAUAAAAAAUUUCUUGGAUAUUAUCCAUCGUAUAGUAAAUAUAAAACGUAAA